UGGGAUACAAAGUGGGAUCUUCAGCAAAACCAGCAGACAUAGCAGAUACACUGACAAAGUGUUGCGGACACAUGGAAGAGGAUGACAGAUUACUCCAAAAUUAUCCUUGAGGGAUUGAUUUUUACUUCUCUUUGCAUUUCAGAGGCCAUGCAAGCCCAAAUAUAUCUAAAUUGGGACAAAAGAGGAGCUGUGCUUAACUCAUUGUAAUAAUUCAAGCUGGAAAUUUUGGGACUUUGAUCAAAGGUACCUUGCACUACUUUCUUUUGCUGUCAACCAAGCAGUAACUUGGUUAAGGACGGGGUUGUAAUGCUGCCCUCGGUGACCAGAGGAACAGGUGCAUUUAAACUUGUGGAGAUGAAUGUGUUGAGUGGCCAUGCACUUUUUUGCCUCACAAGGAUAGAGUGGUUCUACCCAUAACAGAAAAACAAACGAAGAAGCUUGCAGAGAAACAUGCAGCAGUUUGGCCAAAAGAAAAAGUUCUGGAAGUAAAAUAAAAAUCAACAUUUCACCUGCACUUAAGAGAGCUAUCAGUCUGCAUUGGACGGAGCCAAGCCUGUGGUGUAUGUCUCAGCCCGAUCGCGUGAAGCCACGUGGCCGUCCUCGCUGAGGCAUGAAUGUGGGAAGAGCCAACCAGCACGGUUUGCUGACGUGUGAAGAAGAAGGCCUGAGACUGACCAGCAUGCCUGCUGUGGGAAGCUUCGGCAAUGGCAAGAUCCACACCAGACGCCAAAGACACAGCCGCUUCGUCAGCAAGACGGGCCAGUGCAACAUCCACUUCUUAAACAUGGACGACAAGUCAAGUCGUUACAUAUCGGAUAUGUUCACCACUUGUGUGGACAUACGCUGGCGCUACAUGUUCCUGGUCUUCAGCCUGGUGUUUGUGGUGUCCUGGCUGAUGUUCGGCUUGGCCUUCUGGAUAAUCGGCCUCCUGCACGGCGACAUGGAGCAUCCCGCUGAGGAUGAUAGUUUCGUACCAUGCGUCACACAGGUGAACACCUUCGUGGCUGCUUUCCUGUUCUCCAUUGAGACCCAGACUACCAUCGGGUACGGAGCUCGCUGCGUGACAGAGGAAUGUCCCACUGCCGUCUUCAUGGUGGUCUUUCAGUCAAUUGUAGGCUGCGUCAUCGACGCCUUUAUGAUUGGCGCCAUUAUGGCGAAGAUGGCGAGGCCGAAAAAGCGAGCGGAGACACUUCUGUUCAGCCGCAACGCAGUAAUUGCCAUGCGUGACGGAAAGUUGUGCCUCAUGUUUAGGGUAGCCAAUCUAAGAAAAAGCCAUAUAGUGGAGGCUCACGUGCGAGCCCAGCUGGUCAAGCCUCGUUACACAGAGGAGGGCGAGUACAUCCCUCUGGAUCAGAUCGACAUGAACGUAGGCUACGACAGAGGCACCGACCGCCUCUUUCUGGUCGCGCCAAUCACCGUCAUCCAUGAGAUCGAUGAAGACAGUCCUCUGUUUGGCAUCAGCAAACAAGAUCUGGAGGUCUCCGACUUCGAGAUUGUGAUCAUACUAGAAGGUCUGGUGGAAGCCACCGCCAUGACGACGCAGGCGCGCAGUUCCUACCUGUCGUCAGAGAUCCUUUGGGGUCACCGCUUCGAGCCGCUCAUCUUCGAGGAGAAGAGCCAGUACAGGAUAGAUUACGUCUACUUUCACAAGACCUUCGAGGUACCAUCCACCCCGAGGUGCAGCGCUAGGGACAUGGAGGACAGGAAGUUUCCAACAUCGGGCGCUAACUCCUUCUGCUACGAGAACGAGCUGGCCUUCAUCAGUAGAGAUGAGCAGGAGGAAGCAGACUUUGACAAAGAAGAAGACAGACAGUGUUCUACGGCCCUGCUGAGUGAGCACAGCACCCUUGAACGUGAUCAAAAAUCAUCCAGUAAAGAAUCAGAGAUUUAAACUUGACAUUUACAGAACUUUGAUGUAUUGGUUUGCUGUUGGAUGGAUAAAAAUGCAUAUAAAGACACCACACUAACUAUUUAUAGGAUUCUUGUUAUAGUGUGCAUGACUGCAACGUUUAUAGGGUUGCAAAAUCCUCAGAAUUUUCAAAGUGGGAAACUUUCUGGGAACUAAUGGAAAUUCAUGGGAAUAAAUGGAAAUAAACUAGGCAUUUACAAAAUUGAAGAGUAGAACUUAAUAUGGAAUUGAAAUAAAGUUGGGGAAAUACAUCUUAGCAUAGUCCUGACUAAAACAACUAGCUUUCAUGCUAGUAGGGACCUAACCAGUUUAUAAUUGCCUAUAGGUGCCAUAAGAUGGUGCAAAGCACUACUAUUCUCGAAAUGAAACUCCUCAACUCACUUCAACAUAGUUCCGUGGCACCAAGAUGCAACAAUGUGGUGGGUGACAAAGCAUUACUUUUGUCUUAAUAAAAAUUCCUCAACUUACUUCAACAGUUCCUUGGCAGCAAGAUGCCACAAGAUGGUGCCAAAGUAAUACUUUAAUUGUGAUGGCCGAAGCAAAAACAGCAAGUAAGUUUUUCAGCAAAUAACGGAGGACAGGUUUAAAAAUUUAAGAUGCAUACAGAUAGGUGAUUAGGUCCCCAUCUUAAAUUUCCAUAGAAAUUUACCAGAAACUUUCAAUGAAUUUUCCAGAAAUUUUCCACCCCUUUGAAUACCCAAUAGUUUAUAAUGUGUAAUUUAAAAAAAUAAAUAAUAAUAACAAUACACCAGCGCAUUUGUCAACCCUUCAGCGUACACUUAUUUCUGACCCUUUUAACUUCACAUAGCAUACCGGCCACAACAUUAGGUAAACCUGAACAAUCAUACUGAGGAGCAUGUUAAUAUUUUGCUGCUUUCCUUUACUGUAGCUAUAUAACCAAAAUAUAGACAUUGUAUUUAUUGCAAUGUAGCCAUGGUGGUAGAUCAGGGCCAGCAAUGCCUUUUCUGCUGGCUUAAACAAUAGCAGAAGUACUGAUCUAAAUUUAUAACCUAAAUAAAAUAUUUGUUCCAUGAAAUUGUAUUAAUUUAUUCCCAACAGCCAUCCAUUCAUUUCGUAGCAUUUCUCUUGGCUGCACUGCUUCAAGUAUGUUUAUGUGGAUGUUAGAUUUUUUUUGUCCAAUCAGAUUUCAGUCUCUAUGUACUGCCAUGUCAAUCUAGAAGAAUUAGCAGUGUCUGUCAUCCAUCCAUCCAUCCAUUUUCUGAGCCGCUUCUCCUCACUCGGGUCGCGGGCGUGCUGGAGCCUAUCCCAGCUGUCAUCGGGCAGGAGGCGGGGUACACCCUGAACUGAUUGCCAGCCAAUCGUAGGGCACAUACAAACAAACAACCGGUCGCACUCACAGUCACACCUACGGGCAAUUUAGAGUCUCCAAUUAAUGCAUGUUUUUGGGAUGUGGGAGGAAACCGGAGUGCCCGGAGAAAACCCACGAUUGAACUGUGAGGCUGACGCUCUAACCAGUCGGCAACCGUGCCGCCUCAGUGUCUGUCAAUGUGACUUAAAUUAUAUUAGCAAUGGGACUUCUUCCUUUAACCAAUCAGAUUUCAAAUUCAUCCUGACAGGGUCAGAUCACCGGCCCUUGAUGAUGUCAGCAUUUUUCCGUCCUGAUCGUUUGGUCAGAACAAAACUUGUUACAGGCAACUUUGGCAAUUAAAAUACUGUCCGUCUGUAGCGAUUGCCAUAUGUUAAUACAUUUAAUAAUCAACAUCUCUGGUGAGUAUGAUGUAUUUUAUGAAAUGUUUUAUGUUUUUGUCAUAUUAUUAGAUACUUUAAGUAUUGAUUCUGAACUGCUCCAGAUGAUGUAUGGGGCACAGUUGUGUGCUGUUAUAUUGCGCUUUUGUAUAGUAUUGAUGGUUUCUAUGUUUGUAUAAUUGCGAUGUGAUAGUGGUGGUCUUGAGCGGUCCAGGUACCAUGGCCCGCCACUGCAAUAUAGAAACCACAACAAUAUACAUAUUAAAAUAAUAUCUUUCUGACUGGGUCAAUCAAAAUGUUAUCUUUGCAAAGUUAGGAUUGUACAUAUUACCCAUUAGAUUCUUCAGGUGUACCUAAUGUUACUAGUUUGUAUAUAUUACAGACAAUAUCCACACAGGGUUGAUAUGCCAGCUGCAUGGCAGUCUUUUGAUAAUAAAUCGAGGAACGGUAGUUUUUCCUGUCAAUUAUGCAUAAAACUGAGGAAAAUAUUCCAUUGCCUAACCAUUACUGUCAUUACGUUUGCAUUGUGGCCGUGGGAGAACAAUUGUGUUCGUGGCAUUCAUGUGAAGUGUGGAUGGAGUAGAAAAUACAGUAGAGUGGCAGUGUGUUUUGCAUUUUUUAGUUAUUGGCGGCAUCCCACAACCACAAGAGCGUGUAAAAAGUCUGGCAAGAAUGUAUAGGAGUGUUUUUGUUUUUAGCUACAACUGCAUAUCUGUAGCACACCUAUAGACAUUCGAUGCAUGUUGUGGGUCUAAAUCCAUAUUUUAAGGCACAACGGACCACCAGUUGAAUGACAACUGCUGGACUUUGUAGCUUUGAUGGAUUCAUGAAUUGAACUUUCUCAGUUGUCAAUUAAAGAAAUUUAUGAAAUGUAUUAAAUUAAUUAUACAAUUCAAAUUUAUUCUUAUUAGUGAGAAAAAUACAUCACUCAUCAGAAUGUACAGAUGCACAAAAUAUGCUGUACACAACAAAUAGUUAUGCUAAUAUUUUCAAAAAUUCCAUACAUUAAACUCUAAAAUGAAGAUGACGAUUUGUCAUUUCUUAAUAUGUGCAGUUAUGUGUUCUCCCGGUGAUCAAGACAUUAUUUCAGAGAUCAGACUAAUGGAAUUCUACAUGUGAAAAGCCUUAUUGUGUGAAUAUGAGAAUAUAUAAAGACUUAACCAAAAUAUUCCACCAAUAAAGGGUCAAAGGUUUUGUAUUCUUUCUUUCUGUCUUCUAUUUGAGUUGUUGUGCUCUUUGUACACCUGACUGCCAUUUCAGCAUAACUGUACACAUUUGCAUUUGGAUCUUGAUCUUGGACUCAUGUUAAAAAUAACAAAGGUUUUCUCUGAAAAAUGAAUGCUUUUGCCAUUUUCAGCAAAAAGCAGAAUGCAGGACGGGAUGACUACAGUGUAUACUACUGUACAUUAGUCAGGUCUGUAUUGUAAAUAAACAUGCUUCUUUCUUUGUUGCUGUUCA